GGAGCGCUUUGCUCGGCAGCUCGGAACAGGACUUCCCUCCCCCCGGUCUCUCCGUGGAUAGAUUGCUUUUUCCAGGCACCAGAAUGCCCUACAGCGUGACUCUCAAGGGACCCUCCCCGUGGGGGUUUCGCCUGGUGGGGGGACGGGACUUCAGCACGCCGCUGACCAUCUCCAGGGUAACAGAAGGCAGCAAAGCGGCCCAAGGCGACCUCUGCCCCGGCGACACCAUCCUGGCCAUUAACGGGGACGCGACCGAGCACAUGACCCACAUGGAGGCGCAGAACCGGAUCAAGAACUGCACCCAGCAGCUCUCACUCGUCAUCAGCAGGUCGGAAUCGGGAGAGAGAAUGUGGUCGCCGACAGUUGGCGAGGAUGGCAAGACGAGCCCCUACAUGGACCCCGAUUCACAGAACUUCAGGCCCAUCACCAGCGGCUACGCGAACUACAACCGCAAGCCCUCAUACACCCCCGAGCCUCAGCCCCCGCCGCCCCCGCACGUGCACAACGGCUACUCCAAGACCGCCGCUGGCAACCACAACAACAACGGCCACGGCUAUCCGUACGGCAACGGGACCGGGACGCACGCCGCCGCGUUCAACAGCCCGGCCGGACUCUACGCAUCCAACGGGAGCAACGGGGACAGGUCCCUGCCGGGGAAACUGGGGGGGCUCAGCCUGAGCGCCUCUCACAGCCCCGAACCCCCCACGCACUCCCCUGCGGGCCGCAAUGGCGUGGACAUGCAGUCGCACGUCUACAAGAUGCUGACCGACUACGAGGAACCCUCCUCGGAGCCCAAACAGUCCGGAUCGUUCAAAUACCUUCAGGGAAUCCUGGAAGCCGAGGAUGGAGGCGUGUCCCCCACCGAGAGGAUGAGAAACCUCAAGUCUCCAGUCCGAUCGCCCAUUCCAAAGCUGGGGAGCCCCAUCCCUGGUUCCAUGUCUGGGCUGCAGAAGCUGCCCCAGUGCACGCGCUGCUGUAACGGCAUUGUGGGCACCAUCGUGAAGGCACGGGACAAACUCUACCACCCCGAGUGCUUUGUGUGCGACGACUGCGGCACCAACCUCAAGCAGAGGGGGUACUUCUUCAUCGAGGACAAUCUGUACUGCGAGACCCACGCCAAGGCCCGCGUGCAGCCCCCGGAGGGCUACGACGUGGUGGCCGUCUACCCCAACUCCAAGGUGGAGAUCGUCUGAGGUGGAAGGCAGGCAGAAGCAUCUAAAGAAAGUUCUACUGAGCGUCGUCCUCGCUGAGCGCCGUCAUGCAGGAAUGCUCAUCUUGGACCACUGGGAUCUCUGUGGGACUGGGGGGGUGGGGGGGUCCGUGAUUAGCAUUCCUGUAGUGAAGCGGCAUCAGGCCAUGACGCUCUUUCUGCUGCACGCUAACACUUCCUAGCUUCUUCUUGUCCUGUUGGUCGGCGCCGAAGCAUCACUGGGAGCGGCGGUGGAAUGUCAGCUCAGCUUGGCUGAACUUUAACCUGAGCUAAAGGGCUCCAUAUGCAACUAUGCAACUAUGCUAGCUCCACCUCGGCAAAUGUAAACAAAACACUGCAAGGGCAAAGUCUAGCAUUCCGCCGCAUUUACCUUCUCUCUUUUUCCCUUCCAUGUGAAAAGCUAGUCUGAAUCAUGCAGCUUAAAAUCAGUCAUUGAAGCGUUGCAGAUUACACGUACGUAAAUAUCCACACUUCCACUCCCACUGAAACACCCAGGCCCAGCUUCCUCAUCCGGUGGCCCGGAGAGCGGUUAUUUUAUUUACGAAGGCGUGCAACUUCGGAAGAAAUGUUCAGUAAUGUUCAAAUAACGUUAUGUAUUGUAUUGAAAUCACUAUUAGAAGUAUAAAUACAUUUUAGAACAAUAAAUAUUCUACACUUUUUUUAAUUAAAAUAGAAAAAAAAAUGUUUUUGAGAUAACACUCAAAUCUUUAUUUGUCAUAUAAAUUCUAUAGCAAUAAAUUAGUUUUAUAUGAUUUACUUACAAAUAAAAUAAAAGAAUUAUUAUGAGGGAAAUGCAUAGAAUCCGCAACAUGAAAUCAUAGCAAAUCUGUAUUUUUAAUCAUUUUAUUCAUUAAUUUAUUUUUUAUUUCACAAAUAAAAUGAUUGUUAUUGAGGAAAUGCAUCAAAUGUGCAACACUUUUGGCCGGCUAAAAAGUAUUAAUAAUACCAGUAAAUAAUAAAAGCCUUAUUUUCGGAUAAAUUAAAAAAAAACUGCAAGAGAGGUCCCUCCAUAGGUGCUGCUGUUUUGGCUAGCAACAGAUGUGCUUUUUGAUGUGGGAGUUAGUUUAUUGAGACACGGCAUCUAUUGGAGCGAAGGCCGCUAUUUGAGGAAAUACAGGACUGGCAUUGUAAAUAAGGAGAUCUUCCAUCUGGACCUUCACGUCCGGACUAGCGUCCAUGCAAGCUAAAGGCCCGAGUGACAUCAUCACUGCUGCAUGAUGUCACCACCCUCGACAAAGGCUGAUGACUUUCAACAACUUUAUUUUUCCGUGUGUGCAAUCGGUAAUCUUGUAAAUUGUAAAUGUUGAACAUAUAUAUCGAUAUCGUCGCCACACCUGGCCGUCGCUGUUGUACAGAAACGUGUUGGCGAGGCGAAUCGUGUGCGCCUUCUCUUUUUCUUCGUUCUUCCACAUUAACUUAUUGCUCUGCCAACGCUCUAGGCUUGGGUUGAGGAUGUUGGGAUUUGCUGACCCAUAAAAGGAACAAGGUGCCUGACGGCGAGCGCAAGUGCGGGUAUUAAGUGCCGUGUGACCGCGGAUUCUUCCCGGCGAUGUUGUGUUCGUGUAAAAGUGUUUGUGACAAUCCUACACUCCAUCAAUCCAGCGUUUCCAGGUUUGGAUAAGUUGUGAUAUCGUCUUUACAAUGUGAAUACUAACAAUGCUUGGUGAACGCGGCGUCCCUCAGGGCUCCAUAUUAGGUCCGCCUUUCAUUUGCUGGUUGAUGCGCUUACACUCUGAAUGUUUUGAAUUCUAGAAAUGAUUGUUUGCCAAAUAAAAUCAAUAUUUUCAUUGAA